GCUGCGAUCGCUCAACGAUGCUAGCUUGUUUAUGUUUAUAUGUACUAGUAACCUAAAAGUCGCUAAAGUGCUCGGUCGGCACAGCCUUUUCGGCACCAAUUCGGCUUGGACUCGCUGAAUAAAUGGGACAGACGACGCACGGAGUCAGCAUUUGAUGGAUUCCCCCCCUUGAAGCAUUAUGCUAUCACAGCUACCAUUACGACCAUUGAAGUCGAUUCCAAACUACUCCUGCAGAAAAAUGAAUUUUUCACUUAAUUUAUCUUUUAUUCAUUUAUUUGGGCGCUGUUCGCUUCCCCAUUUGUAUAAGAAAGGUGUCCGUUUGAUAGGCUCAACACGGUCAACCCUUGUUCUGAAUGGAAGGAAAGCCCAGGGAAAUCCCAUGACUCUAGCAGAACAGUUGCGAUCUCGCAUUCAGAUUCGUGGCCCUAUAACAGUUGCCGAUUACAUGCGAGCAGUACUUACUAGUCCAUCUGGUGGAUACUAUAUGCAUAGGGAUGUCUUGGGUCGUCAAGGUGAUUUCACUACUUCUCCUGAAAUCACACAGCUCUUUGGUGAUAUGGUUGGCAUUUGGUUUAUAAAUGAGAUCAAUAAAUUUCACCCUCCUUCACAACCAGUACAACUUGUUGAGCUUGGCCCUGGCCGGGGAUCACUAACAGCAGAUGUUCUGAAAGUAUUCAAACAUUUACGUGGAAAAGAAGGACUGAGUGUUCACUUGGUUGAAAUUAGUCCUGAAUUCAGUCGUAUUCAGGCAGAAAAGUUGUGCGAAAGAAGUAGCAUUGAAAUCUGCAUCCAGGCUGCUUCUCACUCUCAAUCUGAAAAUAAACCUGGUGGACGACAGUACCAAAUAGACAGAGGCUCAGAUAGCAGUAAAGGGUCAUCAUUUGGUACAAUUACAGUUGGCCGACCCAGAAAUUUGCCAAAAAAGAGUGAUGCCAAACAUUAUCAGAAGGGUAUUAUGAAGGAUGGUACUCCAGUAUUUUGGUAUUACUCUCUAAAUGAGGUGCCCCACAAUUUUUCAUGUUUCUUAGCUCAUGAAUUUUUUGAUGCUUUGCCUGUACACAAGUUUAAGAAGACACCCGAAGGAUGGAGGGAAAUUCUUAUCACAAACGACCCCGAUAAGGGACCUGAUCAUUUUAAAUUUAUCAUUUCUCGAUCAGGAACUCCAGCCUCCAAAGUGUUCAUGAAGCCAUGGGAUGAGAGGACAGAAGCUGAGAUCUGCCCAGAUACUGGUUUGAUAGGCCAACAAAUUGCCACAAGGCUUGAGGAAAGUGGAGGAACGGGUCUAGUAGUCGACUAUGGUCAUGAAGGUGAAUGCAAUGACACAUUCAGGGCAUUCAAGAACCACAAGCAAGUAGAUCCGCUGAUAUGUCCUGGCUCUGCGGAUUUGACAGCAGAUGUGGACUUCUCAUAUCUGCGCAAUUCUGUUAUUGAUAAAAAUGUCACCUUUGGCCCGGUUUCACAGUCCCACUUCUUGAAGCAAAUCGGCAUAGACCUCAGAUUGCAGAUUCUGUUGGAUGAAUACCCAGAAGAUCAAAAGCCCCAUCUUCAAAGUGGAUAUGACAUGAUCAUGAACUCUAUGGGAGAAAGAUUUAAAUUUUUUGCUAUGUUUCCAAACGUUUUGCAAGAUCACCUAAAAAAGUAUCCUGUGGCAGGGUUUCACAAAUCUUAGGGUGUAAAAAAUUUGAUUUUAAGAGAAUGUUUUCUUCCUAAUGAAGGAGUGGUACACUGUAAUUAAAACACAAGCUAUGUA